GGUUAGCUUUGUACUCUAUUAAACAACAAUGGUUGAAAACUUAGAAUAUUUUGUAAUGUUGAAACAGUUGUUAUUUCAGGUACUCCAAAAACAGCAACCAAGACAAAUCCAGUGCCUCGAAGAACUCCACCACCACCUCCCCCUUCUGCUGGAGAGACAAACCGUAAUUCACCACAGUCUCAUAACCCUGGGAUGCAUGGGGCCAAUGACCCUUUAGGUGCUUUUUGGAACACUGAACAUGCAAAGGAUGUAGUCCCAGAUGACAAAACUAGACCUAGGUAUGAUGAAGAAUUGAGUAGCUAUAAUAGAACAAGUUCUUCAAGGGCAGUCAACAGAGCAAGGGAUGCUGCAGAUUCUGAAACAAUUUUUUUCGACGGUAAUUCUGACCAAAAUAAUGAAAGAGAUAAAUCAUUCAAUGCUUUUGUGGCGGAGUUUAGCAGCAAUGAACUCGGUUCUGAAGGCAAUGCUAAGAAAUCUGGGAAAGAAGAAGUAUUAGAGGCUGAGGUCGAAAAGCUGAAGGAGCAGCUGACACAUGCCAACAUGGAGAAAGCUGAAAUAACUUCUAAAUAUGCAAAACUAUCCGCCAUAUGUCGCUCACAACGACAGGAGAUACAAGAACUUAAACAAGUUCUUGCUGCUAAAACUCCAUCGCCGAAUAAAGAUGCCUCCAAAAACCAAACGUCUCUUUCAAAUCAAACAUUCAGCACUACUACACAUCAAGGAGAAAGCAUCAAAGGAACCAUUUGGGAACUCCAACAAGGAUUGUUCAACCAGAGCCCAUCAAGUCCAGAUGACCCUAAGCCAUGGCAGGCCUUCUCGGACGACAACUGCCGUAAACCACCCACAAAUCCUCCUAGCAAAACGCCACGGUCUAUGAGGACACGGGAUAACAACAACAACAACAACAACAAGGAGGCUUCUGAUACAAGUUGGGGAUUCGGAAAUGACAGUUUCACGGCACUUCCUUCCGUUACCUCUCAGGUGAACCCUUCUUUUAAAGAACUCAACACUUCUAUGAUGAAGGGCACGGGGAACAGAUCGUCUUCCCAACCUGCUGGGUGGGCAGGCUUCUGAGCAAAGUCAUGAAAACAGUCAACUUCAGCAGGCUGCCCUCUACUGCUCUACUUAAUAAUUCCUAAUAUAACAUGAUUUCUAGUGUCAUAAUAAUAGUAUUGUAAAGAGAAGGAAAAAAAAGAAGAGAAAAGAAUGGUGGUGAUCUGAGCUGUCUGUGAUGUUGAAUUUGUUGUGUAGAGAGUAGUAACUUUUUUGCCCUCUGAUAAUUACAUUUCUGCAUGAUGUGAGCCUUAUCUUUGUGAAGAACUAUCCACAUAUGCUAAUAUGAGU